UCCUCGCAAGUAGACUGUACUUUGACAAAAGUUGGUCAAAGUCUGCGCGCGCGAGUAUGGACAGGCGUUUGACCACGUAACGCCUAACACAUUUUGUUGUGAAGUAUAACCAACGGUAAAGUAUGAAGAAGAGGGCCGUGAAACAGAGAGGUUCGACCUCCCACCCAAGUAGUGUCCGCAAGAACGUCAAAGCUCAGAAGGAGGGGACGCACUCUAGUGGGUGGUUAAAAAGGGGUUUAUUGGCCCUCUUUGCCAUCUGUAUUUUGGCACCUGUCAUGCUGAAGGUACUCCCAGAUUUGAUUCAGCACUUUGUUUACACACACAGAGUCAGCUUGCCUUUCUUUGUGGAUCUCGCCCGACCUGCUGAUUUCUCCCUUAAUCAUACCAUCAACAUGUACUUAACAUCAGAGGAGGGAAUUUCCCUGGGUGUAUGGCACACCGUCCCCGAGAGUCGGUGGAAAGAGGCACAAGGGAAGGAUCUGUCCUGGUAUCAGAGCACUUUAAACGAUGGAAGUCCAGUUUUUAUUUACCUUCAUGGGAACACAGGAACAAGGGCUGCUCCACACCGGGUUGGAGUGGCAAAAUUACUGAGUGCACUAGGCUACCACGUGCUGGUGCCUGACUACAGAGGAUUUGGAGACUCGACAGGAGAGCCUACUGAAGCCGGUCUAACCACGGAUGCCCUCUAUUUAUACAACUGGGUCAAAGCUCGCGCUGGAGAUAGCCUGGUUGUCAUCUGGGGACACUCUCUGGGCACUGGGUCAGUUUUGAUAGACGCUGGGUGGCCACCAACACUGCCGUCAAACUGCUUGAGCGAGGCAAAUGUGGUCUUCGACGGUGUGAUCCUGGAGGGUGCGUUCAACACAGAUCGACAGAACAUACAUUUUCAUCCUUUUAUAUGGUAUUACUGGAAAUACCCAGGUAUUGGUUACUUGUUCCCUGAGCCAUGGGCACAAAAUAAGGUUGUGUUCCCCUCAGAAAAAAACUUGAAGAAAAUGAAGAGCCCCAUACUUUUCCUUCACUCCGAGGAUGACCACUUAGUUCCCAUCCAGAUAGCUCGGCAGACGUAUGAGGCUGCUGCCAGCGCUCAGAGCACAGAUCGAGUCAAGCUGGUGACGUUUGACGGUUCUCUGGGAUAUCUCCACAACGGCCUAUACCGAGACCCUAAAUUACCAGAGGUCUUAACGGGGUUUGUGUCGUCUCUGUGAAGUUGAAAAACGACUCUGACGGAGGACGCUGACCGCCUUUUAUCAUCUGCUUUAUUUGAUUUUUUUUUAAUUCAAUGGAUCUGGUGCUAAAGAAAUUACUUAAACAUUUAUAUUAUGAGUGGCAAUGUGUUUUUCACAUUAAUGGAUAAAUCUGUUUCUUAAUCACUGGUUAUUGUUCAUUUUCUGUUAUUUUCCGUCCGUUUAUUUUCUUCUUUUUUAACUUCUAAAUAGAACUUGAAAAAUAAAUUAGCUUCAUCUGAUUCUUAAACUGGAUUUGAGCGCAUCAGUUUUUAAAUCCAAAGCUUUAAAGGGUAAGUUCACGGUCUUAAUGGAUGAUAUCCAGGUAGUUCUUUGUCAGGGAUUUGACACUAUAGUGAAAUAGUUAAAGAGAAAGUUCAGUUGAGAUUUUAAAAGUCGACUUCAUUGCAGUUUAAUAAGUGUGCGACACCCUUCAGAAAAGCAGCAGCGGACUUUCUGUGUGACGAAAACAGACAUCGACAUAUUGGUCUCAGGGGAAAUAAUAACGGUUAUACUCCCAUUCCAUAUGGGAACAUUGCACAACUUUGACUCUAAGAAAGUCACUAAAUAAAAUGACACGGCUGUCACUUUGGCUGACUUUUAAAACCUCUAAGGGCCUGUUGAACCAUUAGGAGUCUUCUGUUUGUGAGACGGAACAACAGCAGGAUCAAAACGCUCCGCGUUGAAUCUGCUGAGUCGGGCGGGUUGUUUUGUUUUCAGGGAUGCUGGGAAGUGAACCCCACAGAGAUUGAACUGACACAAAAAGCCCAGAUUCUUGACAAGUUUUGCGGUAAAUUAAAUUAAACUCCCAAGUAAUUUGCUGGGAUUUGAACAUUUCCACAAUGCUGAUGAAAGAUAUUUAAAAAGUCUGACUGCCCCUGGAGAUAAAUCUUUAGUGAACAAACGACCCAAUUAUCUUUAAUAACAAUGAACUUUGAUUAAAAUUUUCUGUCAAACUAAAAUUCCCCAGUAUCAUUUAAGUAAGCGC